UAUCUUGAAAGAAAGUUUCACUGUGUCCUGUUUCUAGUUUUUCUACCUUUUGCUUUCAAUUUCUCUGUACAGGGGAAACGCAGGCUACAAAAAAAUCAUCCUUAGCUAUUUCAAUCGGAGGAGGUUCUUGGAUUGGAUUGGAAUCACAUUUCAUGUAAAGGGAAUAAGAUGGCUUCUUCAUCGUCAGUAGUGAGAGGUUUUGGUUCACUACUUGUCAGAUAUUCGAAUGGGGUUUCUACUCAAACCCCUAAAUUCCUUUCUCCCAACAGUUUACUGGGCGGAGAAUUGUCAUCUCUUUCUUGCUACUCGUCUUCUGGUUCAUGGGCUUCAUUUUGUGCUCCAAAAUAUGGAAAUUCGGAUAGGAAAAUUUCAACUUCCCCGCCUUUGUGUAUGGGCAGGCGAUCCUGUAAAAUUGCUGGCAGAAAGACUGCUCAGGAUGCUAAAAAGGCUAAGCUUUAUGCAAGAUUUGGGAAGGAAGUUGUGUCGGCUGUCAAGAAAGGUGGUUCCAGUCCGGUAUCUAAUACGGCCUUGGCUGCUUUGUUUGAUAAAGCAAAGGAGCUCGAUAUACCUAAGGAUAUCAUAGAUCGUAACAUCAAGAGAGCUUCAGAGAAGGGUCAAGAAGCAUACAUUGAGAAAUUCUAUGAGGUCUAUGGUUAUGGUAGAGCUGGAAUAAUCGUUCAGGUGUUAACUGAUAAAGUGAACCGAUCUGUGGCAGCCAUUAGAGAAGUGGUGAAGGACUAUGGAGGGAAAAUGGCAGAUUCCGGAUCAAUCAUGUUCAAGUUUAGACGUGCUCGAGUUGUUAGUAUAAAGGUUUCAGAUGCUGACAAAGAUCAGCUUCUUGCUAUUGCUCUGGAUUCUGGUGCAGAUGAUAUUAUUGAACCCUCAGAGGACGAAGAUGACCAUGACGAAGAUUCAGAAAGACACUACAAAAUAAUAAGCUCAUUGGACAAUUACUCCUCCAUAUUGACAAAACUAAGCGAGGAAUCAAUACCAUUUGAAACUGAUGGUGGAUUUGAACUUAUUCCGUUGACACCUGUCGAGGUAGAUGACGAAGCUAGGGACUUGAACAAGGAGUUGCUCUCCAAGCUACUUGAGCUCGACGAUGUUGAUGCAGUAUACACAGAUCAGAAAUGACUUGAUCGAUCCAUCUUCACUUCAGCUGUUCAUCAAUCAAAUUGUAGUUUUGGGCCAUCGGGAUUUCCCUCUCGCUAUGUUCCAACGAUCAAGAGCGAGGUAAUUGCGCUGUUGUUUUUUAGAUUUGAUAGUUCAAUAGUCUCAAAGUUGCUAGUUCAUUACAUCUUAUGCAUUGCUUGGGCAUAAAACUUUCUUUGAAUUCGAAACGUAAUAAUUUUGAUCGAAUGGAAAUUUUAUUUCAUUGA